AUGCUUUCCAAGAUCGCUGUUGUCUCCAUGCUGGCUGGAGCCUCUUUGGCCUCCCCCGCUCCCUUCGUUACCACCCCCGUCCCUGACCACGUCAAGCUUCACCACACCAAGCCUGUCAACGGUGGCAACUUCAUGCCUGGACACACAUCCGCUGUUGAGCGCCGUGAUACCGGAGAGUGGGUGAACAAUGCCAACAUUGCCACCUGGAACUCCACCGUCAUCCAAGAUGGCGUUGGUGACGGUGUUGACUCUUACACCAUGUACUGGGGCUCUGGCAGCACCGCCGAUGGCUGGCCCGACAAGAGUAAGUGGGUUUCUUUCGAGAACAUGUUCAACAACUACAAGAACCAGAUGUUCCAGUCCUGCGGCUGGGAGAACCCUCCUCAGCCCAACAACAGCGGCCCCGAGGUUGGCGCCAUCUGGGACGGUAUCCAGAAGGCUGCUGCUGCCACCGGUGUUGACCACCGCUUCAUUCUUGCCGUUCUCAUGCAGGAGUCUGGCGGCUGUGUCCGCGUCCACACCACCAACUAUGGUGUUCGCAACCCCGGUCUGAUGCAGGACCACAACGGUGAUGCUACCUGCAACGAGAACGGCUGGGUCCAGAACCCCUGCCCCAACGACACCAUCUACAAGAUGAUCAGCGAGGGUGUUGCUGGCACUGCCUCUGGCGAUGGUCUUGCCAACUGCCUUAACCAGGCCGGCACCAACGAUGUCUCUGCAUUCUACCGCGCCGCCCGCAUCUACAACUCCGGCUCCAUCUCUUCCACCGGUGCUCUCCAGAACAACAUUGCCACGCACUGCUACUCUUCCGAUAUUGCCAACCGUCUGACUGGCUGGGUCAACGCUGCUUCUCAGUGCAACUGCGAUAACGACCCCAAUAGCUGCGGUGUCGUUCUUUACUAAUGGCACAAAUGACGCCUUUGUGAAGACUCCUCUUGUUUAUUACUUGUAUAUACACACUUUCGGUAUUUAUUUUGCCACGUCUUUUAUUUUCUUUGUAUAUUGGGGGUUGGAAAAAGAGAGAUGUAUAUAAGAUCUACAGCACAUAGUUAUGAAUAUCCAACUUUUCACAAGACCGUUGAUCCAUUUGCGUUGAAGCUCCUCUGGCUCGGUAUCUUGUUGCAAAAUGGUAUUCUUAUAUUCGGAUACCUCUAUUUUGGGCUCCUGCAUGUCGGAAUCACUAUCUAUCGGCUAUCCGUGGAUCCUUCGUUCAGGAUAAAGUUUGGCUAGUCUCCGAGGCCCCAGCUAGGCAAGACAUUGACUAACCCAAGCACCAGGGACUGGAAUGUUUGGCUUCUCUUUUGAGCCAUAGCUCACGCGAUAACAGUGGCCCUGGUAAAGUGACUGCGUAUAUGCACGUCUUAGAAAAAAAGGGACUCACAUGCUGAGCUACAGAUGAUGAUUGGCGGUCAUGCAAGGCUAUCUCUCUCUACAUUCACCUCUUUUGGCCUCAGAGCUGGAUAUGCUAUCCCACGGGGCGCCCAGUCAUGCUCCCGUUUACAAUCCACAGAGGGCAUAACAAUCCUUUUGCCUAAGCGUGGUAUCUGACAAAGAACUGACCACACAAGUAAGCCAUAGGCGGCGCUACAUCUGGAUCCCAGACCGAGCUGCGCCAGACUGUCGCUAUUUUCAGACCGCUGAAGGCUUACUGAUGAUAAAGACCAUGCACGGUGGCCAGUAGUGACAUGCAGCCUCGCGUUGGCAAUCAUUUUCUCCGCCUCCUACUGGUGUUUUUGGGGGCCAAGCCUCAUGGUGUGUUGCAAAGUAAGAAAAUCCGUGGCUGGCGCACCAUGGGCCUUUCAGGUCAUCGGCUGUUCGCCAGACUAGUAACGGAUUUGUAAAAAUGGCGUAUUAGCCCAGAAAUCCAUCCACUAGCAGCAGCCACUGGAAAGUAUUGUCAUCUCUUUACUGAUAUGAGUUGGGGUCAUGGUCGUGUCGCAUAAAUGGGGGAACGAAGCGACGCCGCUUGAACGAAGCCGCUAUGCUACGAGCGGCUUAAUGCAGGACACACCACGAGGCUAGAAUGCGAUGUGCGAUUUGCAAAAGCAGCUCGGAAGCGGUGUUGCAAAUUCUAGAUGGCCAUCGUUUCCUUCAGCCGCUCUAAAAGCUUGUUUUGGGCUUAAUUGCGCCUGUUGCUGUUCAGCUCGGGUACUGAUAGCGGCCGGGCUUGGGGCUGUAGCCUGCGAGGAGGCGUCUCCAUUUCAGGCUCAGGCUACGGGAGCUUGUCUGCGCUAGUGCCACCGUUACUGUGCAUUUGCAUUUGCAUGCAGCACUAGGACGAUGACUAUGAGGCUGGUGACGGUACCGCCGGUCGGGGCAGCCUUGAGUGGGAUGGUGGCUUGUUGUUGUCGUCUAGCCGCGGUGGGGGGUUAUGUGCUGUAACUCGACUGGAUGCACUGUGCAGAGGGCGUAGCAUCGAAUUAAAAGAAAAAAGGAAAACAGCGAAACGAAGAAACCCAAUUCUGUCGGCGAAGCA